AUGUCUGGCGUCGAGAAAACCAGCAACCCCAUAACCAAGGAUGCUGCGGCGCGGAUCCAGUCCAACGAAGCCAAGAAUGGCAAGGACACCUGCUUUGACUCUCGAGCUCAGGCUGCAGCUGACAAGAACGCCAAUGAGGCGGCUAAGUAG